CGGGGGCAGGGGGCGCUGUGGGCGGGUGCGGGGCGUGACGCCAUCGGCCGGCGCCGGCUGAAGCCGCUGCCAGGAGCCGGGCAAGCAGGGAGGCGAGCCGGGCAUGUUCGAGGAGGGCGCGUGGAGCGAUGCCGAAGGGCUCCCCGGGCCGGCCCCCGCCCGGCCCCCGCCGCGCCUCUCGGCCGCCAGCCCCCGCCGGCUCCGGGCCACCCUGCGGCGCCUGCAGGCCCUCGGGGACGCCGCCGCCCCGGAGCUGGAGCCGGACCCCGCUGCAGAGAGCCCCGACGGGCGGCGCCGGCCCCGGCCCCGGCCCAACCCGCCCGCGGCUCCGAAGAGGAGGAAGGCGGGCGCCGGGCAGGAGGGCUGCGGGCGGGAGCUCUCGGAGGCCGGCGCGGCGGCCUCCCCCGUCCCCCCCGGCGAAGGCGCAGCGGCCGGCGAGCAGCCCCUGAGCAGAAGGCAGUGGCGGAACCGGCAGAAGAACCGGCGGCGGCAGAAGAACAAGUUCAAGAGCGGGGCCGCCCCGCAGCCGCCCCGCAGCCCGUCUCCGCCCCAGCCGCCCACUGGCCGGGCAGCCUCCCUGCGGCUGCGGCUGGAGGAGCGGCUGGAGGCGGCCCGCUUCCGCUACCUCAACCAGCAGCUGUACAGCCGCCCCAGCCGGGAGGCCGCCCGCCUCUUCCAGGAGGACCCCGCGGCCUUCGCCGUCUAUCACCGGGGCUUCGCCCGGCAGGUGGCGCGCUGGCCCGAGAAGCCCGUGCAGCGCUUCGUGCGCUACCUCCGCCACCGGCCGGCUUCCCUGGUGGUGGCGGACUUCGGCUGUGGCGACUGCGCGCUGGCCCGCAGCAUUCGCAAUCCUGUGCACUGCUUCGACGUGGUGGCCCUGGACCCACGCGUCACCGUCUGCGACAUGGCCCAGGUGCCCCUGGACGCGGCAUCGGUGGACGUGGCCGUAUUCUGCUUGGCACUCAUGGGGACUAACCUGUGCGAGAUCUUGGAAGAGGCCAACCGGGUGCUGCGAGUUGGGGGCACCUUGCUGGUGGCGGAGGUGGCCAGCCGCUUCGUGGACCUGCGUGCCUUCCUAGGGGCACUGGCCCGGCUGGGCUUCCAGCUGGUCUCCAAGGACACGUCCGGCUCCUACUUCUACACGCUGGAGCUGCGCAAGGCGGGCCCUCCCCGGACAGGCGGCGCUGGGACCGGGAAGACGCCGGCCGGCUUGGCGCUGCUGCCCUGCCUCUACAAGCGGCGUUGAGGGGGCGGGGCCGGGGCG